ACAACGCCGCAGCAGCCGCCACCGGCCAGCCAGCCUCGCUCUCCUACAAGAACCCCCCACCCGAACCGCGAUGGCAACCCUCACCCGCCCCACCCACCUCCUCCUCCUUCUUCUCCUCUUCCUGCUCUCCUCCGUCCCGCGGAGAUUCACCCGACCGGCGGCAGGGAUGGGGCCAAGGCCGGUUCUUGCUCUCCUCUUGGCGGCCGCGCUCCUCGCGGCGGCGGCGGCGGCGGCCGGGACCGCGGACGCGGCCAAGGCGGGGGCGGCCAAGGGCAAGUACCGCGCGCUCUUCAACUUCGGGGACUCGCUCGCCGACGCCGGGAACCUCUUAGCCACCAGCCCCCCGGGCUUCCUCACCACCGCCAAGCUGCCCUACGGCCAGACCUACUUCGGCAAGCCCACCGGCCGCUGCUCCGACGGCCGCCUCGUCAUCGACCACCUGGCGGAAGAAUUCGGCUUCCCGCUGCUGCCGCCCUCCAAGCUCAACCACUCUGACCUCACCCACGGGGCCAACUUCGCCAUCACCGGCGCCACCGCGCUCGACACGCCAUACUUCGAGGCCAGGGGGCUCGGCGCAGUCGUAUGGAACUCCGGCGCACUCAUGACACAAAUCCAGUGGUUCAGGGACCUCAAGCCAUUCUUCUGCAACUCAACAAAGGAGGAGUGCAAGGAGUUCUACGCCAACUCCCUCUUCGUGGUCGGCGAGUUCGGCGGCAACGACUACAACGCGCCCCUCUUCGCAGGGAAGGGCCUCACGGAGGCCUACAAGUUCAUGCCGGAUGUCAUCCAGGGCAUCUCCGAUGGUGUCGAGGCAUUGAUCGCCGAGGGGGCAGUGGAUCUUAUUGUGCCGGGGGUGAUGCCCACCGGGUGCUUCCCCGUGUACCUCAACAUGCUCGACAUGCCAGCCCACGAGUAUGGCGCCCGCAGCGGCUGCAUCCGUACCUACAACACCUUCUCAUGGGUGCACAAUGCGCACCUCAAGAGGGCGCUGGAGAAGCUCCGCCCCAAGUACCCCAAUGCGCGCAUCAUAUACGGCGACUACUACACACCGGUUGUCCAGUUCAUGCUUCAACCCGAGAAGUUUGGAUUUGCCAAGCAGCUACCUAGGGCAUGUUGUGGGGCUCCUGGGUCAGUUGCCAAAGCCGCUUACAACUUCAACGUGACAGCCAAAUGUGGCGAGUCUGGUGCUACUGCUUGUGCUGAUCCGUCGACCCACUGGAGCUGGGACGGUAUUCACUUGACGGAGGCUGCUUAUGGUCAUAUCGCCAGGGGUUGGCUAUACGGCCUUUUUGCGGACCAACCGAUCGUUCAGUCCUCGUGAGCAUUCACCUCUGGUGUUGCACUUGUAGAGGGUCUGAAAAUAGAGCGCUGAGAGCUGGAGCAAGGAAAGUAGUUCUUCCAUAUAGUUCCAACGUUGCAUACAUGUAUAUUUUCACUUGAUUGAAUUCAUUGCAAGUGGGGUACAAAGGUGGGAUAGGGGAUAUCAAAGCUUGAUUUGUUUAUUUGUCAGGUGUUAUAAAUGUAAAAUGUAAUGAACGCCACACCAAGAUUACCGAUAUUGCCUCUGAGAAAUAUGAUACUGAUUGUAUUUUUGAGUA